AUGGCCGCAUUCGUGCGGAACGGCAAGAAGAUUGUUGCUAUAGGGCGGAAUUAUGUUGAUCAUGUCAAGGAGCUGAACAACGCCAUCCCCAAGGAGCCUUUCUUUUUCCUCAAACCUACGACUAGCUAUCUCCCGUUCGGGGGAAAUGUGGAGAUACCCCGAGGAAUUAUAGCGCAUCACGAAGUCGAGCUUGGACUGGUUAUUGGCAAGGGUGGUCGGGACAUUUCACAAGAGAAUGCUGGUAGCCAUAUUGCUGGUUACGCUCUCGCUGUUGACAUGACCGCGCGGAAUUUCCAGGAUGAGGUUAAGAAAAAGGGUCUACCGUGGUCCGCCGUGAAAGGGUUCGAUACCUUCACCCCCAUCAGUUCUUUCGUUCCCAAGUCGGAGGUCACCGACCCGCAUAAUCUGAAGCUAUGGUUGAAGGUCAAUGGCCAAUUCAAGCAGAACGGAGUAACGUCGCACAUGAUAUUCCGCAUCCCCCGUCUUAUUGAGCAUAUCUCGUCAAUUAUGGCUCUGGAGGAGGGAGAUCUCAUCCUGACGGGUACACCAUCUGGAGUAGGUCCGCUUUCAAUAGGCGACCAGGUUACCUGCAGUCUUUCGGAUGGUUCCACAGACAAGGAGCUGGCAAAGCUCGAGUUCGGUACUGUGUUAAGAGGCGGCGGAUACUUCUACCAACCUCAAUAG